AUGGCUACUGAGGAGAGUUUCGUAGUGUUGGUUCACCACAGAGGAUCCAUUAAGAAAAAAACUCGUUCCGGUGUGAAGUUCACUGAUAAGGAUCCUCUGCGUAUGAUCAUCAGGCCUACGAUGAGGUAUGAGGACCUUAUUAGCUCUGUACUGCUGAAACUUGGUCUAGAAGGUGUGAAAUGGGUUAAGAAGUUUUUCUAUCGCAUUCCAAUCACGGUGCUCCAGGAAAUUGUUAAGUAUGAUUGUUUUACGAUCGGGAGUGAUGAGGACUUGCAGGUCAUGUUUCAUUGUCGCCGGCAGUUUCCAGAGGUGAGGACACCAGAACUGUUGGCAAAGUUGGUUGACGUGCCGGUUCUAGCUCCAGACCUAGCUGUUGCUUCUUCCUCCGUCCCUGCGUACGAGCCACCCGUCCAACCUGUUGCCUCCCCUUCGUUCGCUGUUGAUCUCAACGGCAGUGUAGGCGACGAGGUCGGAACAGGGGAAUUUCCGCGAACCUCUUUACAGUGUGCUGCACCGGCUAGGGUUGGAGAUGGAUUUUUGGAUGAUCUAGAUGACGAUGAUGUCGAGCCGGAUAUGAUUGCUGAUGACAGUGGCGAUGAUGUCGGAGCAAGUGAGCCUGCUGGGGCGGGCGGUAAUUCUAGCUCUAGCACACAGCAGUACCCUCCAUAUUUUUCCUCUUUGGACUUGGAUGCCAUGAGGCAGGAGGGGGUUCCUGGGCAACUGGCUGGAUUUGGCGCUAGAGAUGGCAAAGGGUCUGCAGGUCUGACAGAAUUUCAGGUUGGUCAGCAAUUUCAGGAUAAAGAUGAGGCCUUGUUAAGUGUGAAGACAUAUAGCAUCCGUCGAGGGGUACAGUACAAGGUCAUGGAGUUUGAACUAUCGCCGGUUUGUGGGCAAGUGUUCUGA